UUUUACACCGGAAACGAAUCAGCUUCCACUUCCAUAACAGCUGCGUAGUAAGCGAGAAGAAGUAAAAUUUGAACGCAGAAGUUUACCAUUCCAGUUGAAGUGCCUUAUCGGACACCAGAACAAACAUGUCCCACACGAUUUUGCUUGUACAGCCAACAAAAAGACCAGAGGGGCGGACGUAUGCUGACUACGAGUCCGUGAACGAAUGCAUGGAGGGUGUCUGCAAAAUGUACGAAGAGCACCUGAAGAGAAUGAACCCCAACAGCCCCUCAAUCACCUAUGACAUCAGCCAACUGUUCGACUUCAUUGAUGACUUGGCGGACCUCAGCUGUUUAGUGUACCGGGCAGACACCCAGACGUACCAGCCUUACAACAAGGACUGGAUCAAGGAGAAGAUCUAUGUGUUGCUGCGGCGUCAGGCCCAACAAGCUGGGAAAUAAAGCCAGAAUAUCACCCCCCCCCCCCCCCCCCCCCCACCCGUUUGCCCAGAUGAAGGAUCACCAUACCCUACCCAAACAGAUGCCAAACUGCUCGGGCGGUACAAUUUUUUUAUUUCUUUUGUACCGUAUUGGUUUUGACCAAUCCACACUGGGAAAAUGAUCUGACCCGAUGUUCUGGAAAGAGCAAUAAGUUGGGAAGAUUGGUCAGCCAGUGUGACCAUAGCUUCCAGCAAAAGGCCAGUGCUGAUUCUGGUCCAGUGAAACUAAUCUUGCACCUGAUGUGUGUAGGGGGCGAGUCUUGGUUUUAUUGAUGAGGUUACUAAUGCUGUGUAAAGAGUUGGACAGUGGCCCUGUCAGGAUAAACACAUGUGCAUUCAACCUUCCUUAAGAUAAUCAAACGUCCAAAAAGCAAACAGAAAGAUAGGAGAAUGCUUUGCUUUCACCAGGGUAACUGGAUUAGGUCAAUUGGUAAUCUAAGGAAGGUGUGAUUUAUUUUUGUGGUGGGCCUGGCUGACUGAAGGACUUUGGUUAAAAUGAGUCUUUUGAACAGAAGGAAUGAACGACACGAAGACCAAACUUUAAACAGGACAACUAUUUUUGUACUGUCACAAUUUUCAUUCUAAUUGUGUAUUUAUUUCUGUUCAAGGAAUUAUGUUUUUUUAUUUUUUUUAUUUUUUUAUCUGUAAAGGAAUUUAAUAGAAACACAGCACUUGUGUCCGAUAAAGGUGUCAUUUAAUGGUUUAGUUAAAUUUUUCCAUAUUUACACCUCUUUGAGUACCGUUUGUGUUUUGGAUCUGUGAAAUUACAUUUUUACAU